GGACGGCAAUCUCUCUGCCUAGAUCUCAAGGCUUUCGAGAGGCGACUCACGGAAUACAUUCAUUGCUUGCAACCUGCCACUGGGCGCUGGAGAAUGCUUCUUAUAGUGGUAUCUGUCUGUACGGCUACUGGUGCCUGGAACUGGUUAAUAGACCCCGAGACACAAAAGGUGUCCUUCCUCACGUCCUUGUGGAAUCACCCGUUUUUCACCAUCAGCUGCAUCACUCUGAUAGGCCUGUUCUUUGCUGGGAUUCACAAGAGAGUCGUCGCUCCCUCCAUUAUCGCCGCGCGGUGUCGAACUAUAUUGGCAGAAUACAACAUGUCUUGUGAUGACACAGGAAAACUGAUUCUGAAACCCAGGCCUCAUGUUCAGUGACAGUCUGCAGUCACUGUGCCGGGACCUACAGCAGCCUUUCUUCGGAGAAGCGGCACAGAGCCAUCGGGGUUCCCGUGCCGUUGGAUGUGGACGGUCAGAGCGACAGCCGACAGGACGUGUGCAAUAUUUACCCAGAGAGCUUGACGGUGGGACUCCCAGGAGCAGCGCUGGUACCGCGGGCUGUUUGCGUAUCAGUAUUAGUGUCACUUUAGUACUUCAGAUCCUGCAGCGGUUGCUGCAGGUGAAGUAUGUGUGUAUGUUACUAAGUUAAACUUAGAAACAGAACCUCAUCCAGUUUUUAUAAUGUAUUUUUGCAAACUACUGUAAAUAGCAAAUCAAUGCCAAUGUCAAAGAGGAGAGCGUCAUGUGGACUUGGUUCUCCUGCACCAGUAUUUCAGGAACGCCAGCUUGCCGGCUCCACGGCUCUUUAAAACCUACUGUGAGUGUAGCGGUGCCUGUCCUUCCACUCCUCUCAGUCAGAAUGCGGGGAAACCACCGAGUUGGGCUUGGACUGAUGAGGAAAACUCAUCUUCAUUAUGUUGCAAGAAAUCACAGAUGUUUUGAGAAACAAUUUUUGUUAAACCAGAUAGUGAACUUCAGCCACUAUUGGGGAGAUAUUUUCCUAUUCCUUGUUUUCAUUUAAUGCUAAAUUUACUUUAUAUUUUAGAAAUAAUUUUAAGAACACUCCAGAGGCUUCUGAAAAUACCAGUUUAGUUAUAAAUUAUGUAUUGUCUGGGAAUUUGAUGGUUAUUGUUUUAGAUAAUUGGGAUUUUAUGCUGUGGUCAGCGUGCCGUUGCACUAGGAUUGCACAGUGUCCUUGAUCAUCCACUCCGUCACAGGAGAACUGGGGGCGGUGCCACCAACGAGAGUACAAUUCUCACUGUUUAGAGAGUGUUAUUGACAUACUGUGUAUGCAUAUUAGCCACAUGUACUAUAUAACCUAGAAUUAAAGUAUUGGGAUUGCUGUAAAUAUUUUAAAAACUGGACGUGCCUUUUACCUGUUUAUUAGAAGAUUUUGAGAAGGUUUAAAUUAUUUCAAGAGCAAUCUUUUAAAUUUCAUUUGACAUAAAGCUGUAAAUUCAGUAAUAGGACAAAAACUUUUUAACCAGGCUACCAUUUCAUGAAACGUGUUCAUCCUGGCUUUCACGUGCAUCAGGUUUUAUUCUUUGAACUGUAGCAAUAAAACCCUCUGCUCCUAAGAAGUCUUAAGAGGGUAUUCUCUGUAUUCUGCGUUGUUUUAUUUUCUGUAAAUUUUGUAGGUAAAUAUGUGCAUAAAAAUAAAGACUUUAUAUAUAAUCGGUGA